CUUCAGGUGGACGCGCACCCACACGGGACCGCGCACGUUGAGCAGGAUAAUUUAAACGCGAACGCGUACGUGCGCGUACUCGUAUUCUUUGUGUGGCAGCGUAGCGAAGCGCCAAAAGAGUGACCAUGGCUGAUGAAAAACCAAAGGAGGGAGUGAAGACGGAAAACAACGAACACAUAAAUCUGAAAGUUGCAGGUCAGGAUGGAUCUGUUGUACAAUUUAAAAUAAAACGACACACGCCGCUCAUCAAACUCAUGAAGGCCUACUGCGAGAGACAGGGACUGUCAAUGAGGCAAAUCAGAUUCCGAUUUGACGGACAGCCAAUAAAUGAGACAGACACACCGGCACAGUUGGAAAUGGAAGAUGAGGAUACAAUUGACGUGUUUCAACAACAGACGGGAGGCCUGAUUUAAUCAACCGCACACUCCACCAUUUUUCUUCCUUGACACAUGCAACUUCCAAAACCCGUGAUACCCAGCGGCUGGGUCUUUGCAACUCAUCCAAUUGUCUAUACAGAAUUCCAUGCAGAAGUUUUAAUAUCUCUACUACACAUAACUGCUGUAUAAUAUUUGUAUUCCUGCCUCUGUUACUUUUUCUUUCUUUGUACAUAAACUACAUCCAGAUCACAGUGGGUUCUGGUUUUGUUUGUUCAUGCUGUAUUGUGGUAAAUGUUGAGGACUUCCUCUCUCAGUUUGAAGGGUGGGGCAUAAAGAUACAGACAGUAAAGACUGGUGAUGAAUCAUUUUGACUGUUGAUCAAAUAUUGUUGGGUUUGGCUUGGUCAUCGUUAACCAAAUCUGUUCUUAAGGUAUACCAUUUUUGGACCGGCUGUCGCUUAGUGAGCCAUGUAUCCACUUUGGGGAUUGGGCUUGGUUGCUUGGUUUCUGUUAUCAUUAAAAACAGUGUUUUGAUUUUAUAAUUUUUUUUUUCAAUUGAGUACUGGAUAUGUAAAAGGAACAGUAAUUAUGUUACUUGUUCACUUCAAAUUUUGGGAAUCCUGAAGGUAUAGUUCAGUUAAACAACCAUACUGUCUCCUAAAAUAUGUUAAAUAAAGCUAUUGUCUCUUUUUCAAA